UACGUCAUCGCCUAAUCAAAUCUACUCACUGGUUUCAAUUAAUAUUUAGAAGGGUAUUAGGGAUCUAAGGGGCAUUAGGAAGUAUUGAAGGGUUAAAGCAUGGCUUCUUCGAUGGUGAUCUCGUCCGCUGCCGCGACGGUAGAUUCCCUCGCUGAACUUUCUUCUGAAGAAAUGAUAAAGCAGAUUGAACAUCUUCUCCGUUCCGAAUUGACUCCCUGCUUGGAAUUCAGCCAGGUUGAAUUUGUGUACAGGGAACAGCAUAAGUCCCCAGGAUAUUAUGACGGGCGGUGGACGAUGUGGAAGCAGCCGAUGUUUGGAUGCACCGACGCAACACAACUGCUGAAAGAGCUGGAAGAGUUGAAAAAUGCAUAUCCGGAUGCCAUCGCUCGAAUUACCGCGUUCAAUAAUGAUCGUCAAGAGCAAUGCAUCAAUUUCAUAGCCUAUAAGCCUCCAAGCAAAGAAGAUAAUCCUUGAGAUUAUUGUUCUACUUUGCUACUUGUCCAUGGUGUUCUCCAGGGUUUAAGACCCUUUUUCUUAUGUUGGUUUUCUAUGUUGCUUUUGUGUAUCUCUGUUUUGGAACUAAGAAUCAGUUGAGUCAUAUUCUGUGUUGUUGAAUGUCAUUGCAUUGUUCUUAGAACUGGCCAAAUUUAUAAGAAAUAAGUGCUAGUUUUUAUUGGA